GGUGCACGAAUUUUCAACAUUCCACUUCCACAUCGUGACGACCGCGUUUACGAGAAAAGCACGAUUUGGCGCGAGAAGGCAACGUGGUGCAUCGAUGGUGGUGAAACAAGGCUGAGGCGCCAGAAUAAUCGAGGAUGUCCAUAUCAUUCCGGGAAACUGACAACACCAACGACGUCGAUCACGUCGGUGAUCGUAAGCUUCGACCUGCCGGGACCGACAGCUUCCCGAGCAUCAAUGAGAGGCCGGUCGAUGACAUCUCCCUCGAGUUCUUUUACAAACCGCACACGAUCACUUUACUCCUCAUCUCCAUCGGCGCCGUCAUAUACUCGGUGUUCACCAGAAAUACCACCAAUGUCGAAGACAACAUGUGGGCAGGCAUGUUGUGUGUCAUUUUCUUCUUCCUCAUCAUAUCCGUCUUAACGUUCCCCAAUGGUCCAUUUACCAGGCCUCAUCCAGUAGUAUGGCGGAUAGUAUUUGGCUGCAGUGUUCUCUAUCUGAUGGGUCUCUUGUUUUUAUUGUUCCAAAACUAUGACACAGUCAGAAGAAUUCUGGUAUGGGUGGAUCCAGGUUUAGCGUCCUUCCACAUUGACAUGGAUAAGGAGUAUGGCGUUAAUUGCUCAGAUGUCACAGUAGAAAAAAUUUGGAAUCACUUGGAUGUCUUCGCAUUGGCCCAUUUUCUUGGCUGGGCCUUCAAAGCUAUUCUUAUUCGUCAUCUUGGCAUUCUCUGGGCCAUAAGCGUCAUGUGGGAGGUGACAGAGAUUGCUUUCGCGCACUUGCUGCCGAACUUUGUCGAGUGUUGGUGGGAUGCGUUGAUUCUGGAUGUUCUUGUAUGCAAUGGAUUGGGUAUCUGGGUCGGUCUGAAGAUCUGUUCCAUAUUAGAGAUGCGAGAAUAUAAAUGGGUUAGCAUCCGUGACAUCGAGAGUACUACUGGGAAAUUGAAGAGAGCAAUGCUGCAAUUCACUCCUGGUAGCUGGACAUCUGUCAGAUGGUUAGAUCCCACUUGCACACAUAUGCGAUUGGUUGCAUUAUGCCAGUUAGUGAUAUUCUGGCAAGUCUCCGAGCUCAAUACCUUCUUCUUGAAGCAUGUUUAUGAAUUUCCACCAUCUCAUCCCUUUGUUGUCGCCAGAUUAGUGUUGAUCGGUGUCAUAGUCGCACCAUCAGUUAGGCAGUAUUAUAUGUAUGUGACUGAUCCAACAUGUAGUCGAGUGGGAACUCAAUGUUGGGUCUAUGGGGCAAUCAUGGUGACUGAAGCCCUGCUAUGUAUACGUCAUGGAGCAGCUCUAUUUGAGCGCACUCAGGCUCUCAAUAUCCUUCUCUGGCUGCUAUGCCAGUCCCUAGUCUCUGUUCUCUGUGUCUAUGGCUGCGUUUUGUGGCAUCAGUACUUUGAGACGGGAAAGAAAGCCACUAUAAGGCGGUCCGUCUCCCAUCUAGGCAACUUUAACACAAACGUAAGCGGGAAUAUGGGUCGCCGUACGAAAUCUGUGGAAGAAUUGGAUAAGAAGGAGCUUUGAGGAGAGAACUAAAAAAGACCGCUCGACGGUGAGCAGCUGUGAACAUUAAUGAUAUUUUCUAGUCGAAUAAAACAAUCGCGCGUAGAAAUUCAUAGAAUGAAUGAUAAUGCAUGCGUGGGAAUUAAUUACUUAUGAUGUGACGUGGUGUAAAUGUCUCCGAAACCGUUGUUCUUUGUUCCUCAGAAUAAAUGGACGUUGUUACGUUGUUACUACUUGAA